AUGGCAAACUCAAAGUUCGAAUAUGUCCGCAACUUUGAGCAGGCAGACUCUCUGCUGCCAAACACAUGGAUCGUCGUCCGUGUCGAUGGCAGGGCAUUCACAAAGAUGUGUGCCAAGUACGAGUUCGAGAAGCCCAACGACCGGAGAGCCCUAGACCUCAUGAACGCCGCCGCCAAGGCCGUUGUCUCUGACCUGCCCGAGGUUACCAUCGCGUACGGCGUCAGCGACGAGUACAGUUUCGUCUUCCACAAGUCCUGUAGCCUCUUUGAGCGGAGAGCAAGCAAGCUCGUCAGCACCGUCGUCUCUACUUUCACGGCCAACUACGUCUUCUCUUGGUCGACCUUCUUUCCCGAUACCCCCCUCUCCUUUCCGUUGCCUACCUUUGACGGCCGCGCGGUGUGCUAUCCCGGCAUUCAAAACCUCCGAGACUACUUGAGCUGGCGGCAGGUGGACUGCCACAUCAAUAACCUCUACAACACGACCUUUUGGGCGCUGAUACAGCUCGGUGAUCUCGGCAACAAGGAUGCUGAAAAGACACUUGCCGGCACGCUCGCCUCGGACAAGAACGAGAUUUUGUUCUCGCGCUUUCACAUCAACUACAACAACGAGCCAGAGAUGUUCAAAAAGGGCAGCGUUGUCUUUCGAGAUUAUGAGCUUGUCGACCCGGAGAGCCAUCGAGUGGCGGACGAGAUGGAUGACAUCGCAGAGCCGGCGCGACCGUCGAAAAGCCAGUCGGACAAGGACAGGAAGCGGCGGUCAAAGGCCAGAGUGGUGGUGGAGCACCUGGACAUAAUCAAGGACGACUUUUGGAACAGACGGCCAUGGAUACUGUCAAAUAAGCCGGGCAAGGUGCCCAAGGAAACGUGA